GUGGACCAUCGGCAGAGAUUAAACGUGAAAUCGGAAAGUGUUCUCGGCCGACGUUCCUCUGGUGUCAUCGGUAUGCCGACGGACAUCGUGGCGUCGUCGGCCUCGGUCUCGGCCACGGUCUCGGAGGAGACGAGCAGAGGUCGGGACCUGGGCCUUGGGCCGUCACCAAGGUCGGCUCCCUCUUCAGCUGGUGCAUCAUCCUCAGGAUCAGCGGCACAGUCGACCUCGAGGGGCUUCGAUCCGUCUAGCGCCCUUGCCGCUUAUCACCACCAUCGACAUGGCCUGGUAGCUGGUCUCGGUCACCCUCAUCACCGCGAAUCCUCAGCAUUCGUGCCUGUAGUACCUUCGAGGUUGCAUCUGGCACCUUAUCCAGGUGAGAUGCAUCCGCAUCUCACCGGACCACCUCCGUCCUCGUCGACCACGUCAAACUCGGACCAUGAGGUCGGCGCGGAGACAUCUGUCGCGAGGAAAUCAUCCUCCAGCUACGAGAUCAUGGCUAUGAUGGCAGAUAAGAGGAAAGAGCUGGCUGCUAGGGCUCUUCUGCUACCCCCACCGCCACUUCUAGAACCACCUCCUGGUUAUCCGGUUUUCGCUGGACCUUUCCCUGGAGGAUCUGCCCUCUACCCACCUGGUGGACCCUUGGCGCACCAGCAUUUAGAUAGGAGGCUCCUUAGAGCGCCUGGCAGGGCAUCGAGGCCCAAGAAACAGUUCAUAUGUAAAUUCUGUAAUCGACAGUUCACGAAAUCGUACAAUUUGUUGAUACACGAGAGAACACACACGGACGAGCGACCGUACUCGUGCGACAUCUGCGGCAAGGCUUUCAGAAGGCAGGAUCACCUUCGGGAUCAUAGGUACAUCCACAGCAAAGAGAAGCCAUUCAAAUGCGGCGAAUGCGGUAAGGGUUUCUGCCAGAGCCGCACCCUGGCUGUGCACAAGAUCCUUCACAUGGAGGAGUCACCACACAAGUGCCCUGUCUGUGCACGAAGUUUCAACCAGCGCAGCAACCUGAAGACGCACCUCCUCACGCACACAGACCACAAGCCUUACGAGUGUACCUCUUGUGGCAAGGUGUUCCGCAGGAAUUGCGACCUCAGGAGGCACGCGUUGACCCACGCGGUAGGCGACGUGCCACCUGAGGCUUUGGAGGAAGCUCUAAGGGACGACGACAGCCCGGAAGAGGAUUGUCCAGAGGCUGGCUCGUCGUCAUCGACGUCAGUGUCUACGACAAACUGUUCUCUGCCAUCUUCUACAAGCAACGCGUCUUACGCCCCGCAAGGGUCAUCGGGACCACCGCAGCCAUCUCCAGUUUCAGCUACCACCAGCACACUUUCUCAGAGACCUCAAUUGCAGAUCAGAAGAGACCUACUUCCAGCCGUGAAACCGUCCACGGUGACUAGCGGUGGAACGAACGGUCACUCGAUCACACAGAACCCUCCAGCCGCAUUGCCACCCCCUCCCCCGUUAAUUCUGACCUCGUACAGACGAAGGAUCGGUUCACCGGGACCGUCAAGAGUGCUUCUUGAGCUGCAAGAGCGUGAGAGGGAGAGAGAGCGCGAGAUCGAACAGAGUAGAGAGAGAGAACGUGACAGAGAACGAGAGGAAGAGGUGUCACGACCCCCUAGGGCACCCACCCCUCAGCCACCACCGCCUCCCAGGCCUGCUCCCGCCAGGCAAGGAUUCACUAUAGCAGACAUAAUGCGCCGGUAGAAGGGGCAGUCCACAAUGGGGGGAGAUACCAAAUGAUCGUCUACUUUAAAUUUAACUCUGGAAAGAGGGACAUUUUGUUUGGAAUGGAAUUUUCAUGGACAUCAUUUGGAUAUGGUUUUUGAAGUGAUUGAUCUUUUUGUAAGGAGUAUUUUUGUAGUUGAACGGGGUAAUGAAGAAGUGGCAG